GUGAUUGGCCAAGCUUGAUUUUGUGUACACGCGAAAGCCGAUGUCAACAUUCGCCCAACGUGUCAUUGACUUUGGACAAAUGCUGCGAAGAUGCUGUACUUGCUAGGUGCUGUGACAGGACUAUUCUUUCUGCUCCCUAUAUGUGUUGUGCUCAUUCUUAGGAUAUAUUUAUGGUUUAUUGGACGGGCCAAACUGCAUGGAAUUCAUGACAAUAACAGUAGGGAAGGGAAGGCUGUAGUGGUGGGCUUUUUCCAUCCCUACUGUAAUGCAGGUGGAGGAGGGGAAAGAGUUCUCUGGUGUGCCAUUAGAGCUCUACAGCUCAGGUAUAAGCAUGUGCACUGUGUCGUGUAUACGGGUGACACUGGUGCAACUGCGACGAGCAUAGUACAGAAGGCAAAAGACUGCUUUGGCAUCACUUUGCCGUGCACCGUGGAAUUUGUGUUCCUAACCAGAAGACCCUGGGUAGAGGCUUCCAAAUGGCCCCGUUUCACACUUCUAGGUCAGAGUGUUGGCUCGAUGUGGCUGGCAUGGGAAGCCAUGACGAAGCUAACGCCUGAUAUCUACAUUGACACGAUGGGUUACGCCUUCACCCUGCCCAUGUUCCGGUACCUCGGUGGCAGCAGGGUCGCGUGCUACGUCCACUACCCAACAAUCAGCACUGACAUGCUAGCACGUGUCGCUGACCGCCGCCCCGCUCACAACAACGCAAGCUUCAUCACCGACAGUGGCGCUCUCAGCCACGCGAAGCUCGCCUAUUAUCACGUGUUUGCGUGGCUGUAUGGCGUCGUAGGGCGACAGAGCGAUUGUGUGAUGUGUAACUCCAGCUGGACUGGUGGCCACAUCCGUCAGCUGUGGGGCGUCAAGGACCGCAUGCACGUCGUGUUUCCGCCAUGCAGCACCGCUGAGUUCAGCGAGCGUCCCCUGGUGGCCGAUGACGACGAUGCACCGCGCACGAUUAUAUCAGUCGCGCAGUUUCGUCCUGAAAAGGAUCAUCCGCUGCAGAUUCGAAGCUUUGCGAGGUUCGUCGGCGGUGUUGGGAAACAGGAGCAGGAUCGGUACCGCCUGGUGCUGGUGGGAAGCUGUAGAAAUGCUGAGGAUGAGGCGCGGGUGGAGCAGCUGAGACAGCUGUGCACGGAGCAUCGCGUCGAUGACCUCGUCGACUUCAAAAUAAACAUCCCAUAUGUAGAGCUGAAGCGUGAGCUAGGCAGUGCCACCAUCGGCCUGCACACUAUGUGGAACGAACACUUUGGUAUUGGGGUGGUAGAGUACAUGGCGGCAGGCACCAUCGUACUAGCACAUGACUCUGGCGGUCCCAAACUAGAUAUUGUAGUGGAGCAUGAUGGGAAACGCACGGGAUUCCUUGCUGACUCCGAAGCCUCAUUUGCGGAUGCCAUGAAGACAAUCUUCGCUCUCAGCCCAGGGGAGAGAUUUGCAGUGCGGGAAAAUGCACGCAGGUCCUCUAUGCGAUUCUCUGAGGACGUGUUUGAGGUCGACUUUAUGGGAAUUAUGGUUCCAAUAGUUGAAGGAGUCCACGGACGAUUGCAUGCUCAUGACCAGUGAUAUAUAGCUCAGCUCUCAAUUGUACUUUAAAUCGUGAAUGCAUACAGAAUUAGGAUGUUAUGUUUUACAAAGUUUAUCAAUGUACUGAAGUGUAAUGUGUAUGCUGAUUUUCCACAUUUCCACAUAAGGAUGCAAAAGAUAUAUUGUAAUUGUUUUGUUCCUACAGAAAACAACAUUUCCUUUCAUGCAUGCCUUAUUCAUUCAUAAGUUGCAUUCAUUCAUGCAUGCAUGCAUGUGGUGAAUUAACUGUAAUAACAUGCACAUUUCAUUAUUUCUUUUGUUUAAUAUAAUAAAACAAAAGUACUAGAAAUAA